GGGGAAGGCAAUUGACAUGAAGAAAAAGUCAGUUGGGAGGUAGCCAGUGAGAGGAGUGAUGAUGUUGGUUUUGAUAAAACUAGUGAUAAAUUUUGAGGUUGGUGGAGUAUCACUUAAACAUCUCCUAAUUCUGGAUCAUUCUUUCUGGUUUGCUUGAUAAAACUAUUGGUAGAAAUGUUGCUAUUUAAACCCACUUUCUGAACACAGCUCAUGGUGAAUCUCUGGUGAUUGCAAAACAGUGUGAGCUCCAACACUAAUGGCAGGAGGUGCAGAUCUACCAGUGCCUUCCGUUGUGUCCAAAACUGCAAUUGAUCGCAGCCAAGACGCUGAUAAAAGUAACAGCCACCACAGGCCUGGCAUUGAUGCAAUACUUAUGGCACCCAAGUUACCAAAGGCAGUGCCACCAAUUUCUGCAGCAGCUGAGGGGGAGAGUAUCCGGAGGCCACGUGGCAGACCGGCUGGUUCCAAAAACAAGCCAAAGCCGCCCAUCAUAGUCACCCGUGACAGCGCUAAUGCACUUCGUGCUCAUGCUAUGGAAGUAAGUUCAGGCUGUGAUGUGAGUGAAAGCCUAACCAACUUUGCAAGGAGGAAGCAAAGGGGCAUUUGCAUACUGAGUGGAAGUGGCUGUGUGACCAAUGUCACAUUGCGACAACCAGCUUCCUGUGGAGCAAUUGUGACCCUCCAUGGCCGGUUUGAAAUUCUCUCGUUGCUCGGGUCAAUCUUGCCCCCUCCAGCCCCUCCUGGGAUCACAGGCCUGACCAUCUAUCUAGCAGGGGCUCAGGGGCAGGUAGUGGGUGGGAGUGUGGUUGGUGCACUCAUUGCUUCAGGGCCUGUUGUGAUCAUGGCUGCAUCGUUCAUGAACGCUACUUUUGAUCGUCUGCCACUGGAUGAAGAUGAAGUUGCUGCAGCUUUGCAAAACCAACAAUACCAAAAUGGCCGUCACCACCACCUGGAUAGUUCGGAUUUAUAUGGACUUCCACCGAACCUGCUCACUAAUGGCAAUGUGCCCCCUGAGGUGUACUCCUGGGCAUCAGGCCGGACCAUGUCAAAAACUUAACAUGGUUCCAGCAAUGCAUGCCUCUAUUGAUCUGUGGCAUUAAUGUUCUUCAGAUGUACUGUUAUUGCCUUCACUGUAGCAUUAAGCUUUACUGAAACAAUUUCAAAUGCCUUUGUUUCUGCUUGUUUUUCUGUUAAUGUAUCUUUAAGUAUAUAAUCAUGUAA